GUCCGGGUAGGUCUACGUGGUGAGGAGUGGGACCCCUGUCGUGCACCGACACCACGAUGGAUGAUUAUUCGAUGUAUGGGAUACUUGUUGGGUUCUCCCUCUGGGGGACCCUCUGGCGUCUCCUCUUUCCUCUGGGCUUUUGGCCCACUUUCACGUGUAGAGUAGGGCCCACUCGAGGUGGGACUUCCACCACCCCCUACAAGAAGGAGGAGGAGGAGAAGAUGGCCGCCCUUCUACAGAAGAAGAAGGAGAAGAAGGAGGCCAAGAAGAGGGCCUUGAAAGAGGAGCAGGCGGCCAAGCUGAAGAAGAUAGAGGAAGAAAUGGUCAGGGAGAAAGAGAGGUUGAUGAAGGAAGAAGAAGAGAAGUUGAAAGAGGUGGAAGCGGAAGAGGAAGAUCCGCCACUGCAAARGAGUAGUGGACAGCAUGGCGGCAACCCUGGUGGAGACCUGGAGAAGAGGAUAUCAGAAUGGGUUGCCAAUUUGACUGUGGGAGAAGAGGAGGAAGUUAACAUGUACAUCCCACAAGAUGAGCAAGAGGCAGCCAUGAGGGCUUGGAAUGCAGAGAAAGACCCUCUUAAACGACGGGCGUUGGAGGAUGAGAAACGGAUGGAGUGGAAGUUGGCAGUGAUGAGAGAAAAAAAGAGGAGGAUGGAGAAAGCAGCAGAGGCGGCAAAAGCUUUGGAGGAAGUGAAAACGAUAAAACAACAAUUAGCCGCCCAACCUGAUUUCUCAAAUCAGAUGCGAAUCGUGGCUCGAAGCAUUGCAUGCCUAGCACGAGUUCAGGCAGAUCAAUAUGAUUUCAGCAGAAGCCAGGAUAUCGCUGUGCGUUCGAUGAAAAUGGGCUUUCGAGACUUUGCUCGUGAGCUGGUAGGCACCGUUGGAGUCGAGGUGGGUCAUCGCCUCGACAAGACUGAACGGUUCUGCACCGGCGCCAUUGAAGGCGUCAAGGCGGCAGCUCCCAAGGAGGAGGAAGCACGUCCUCCCCGUCGGGAGCCAGUCAAAGUCAAGUUCCCCGAUUCCUACAGCGGAAGGAGGGAAGAAAACUUUGACAAUUGGGAGGCCAACGUUAAGACCUAUGUGCACUUGCAACAGGUCUCCCUAGAUCAGCAAGUUUUAAUUGCUAUCCACGCGCUGAGAGAAGAGGCCGCCAGUUUUGCAAGGUCCCUAGUUCGCGCUGCCAACUGUAGUGAUGAUCCCGUUGCGUACUCCUCAUUUACAUCCCUCACCGAAUUUCUGAAGUUGCUACGCGAGCGAUUUGCUGAUGUCGCUCGMGGUGUCAGGGCCUCAGACAAACUCCAAGCCAUCCAUUCCCGUAAAUGGAAGAGUGCUAGGGCACUCAAGGGUACAAUGGAUGAGUUGGUGGCCGUCCCUGACCAUAAGGUCACAGAAGCCCAACUGGUCAACCUCUUUUACCGGGCUAUGUCCGAAGCCUUUCGAGGGCAGUUCUUCGCGAAGAGCGAAGACCCUGCCACCACUUAUGAUUCCCUUAGUCGAGAGGUGGUGGCUUUUGAAGCAAAGUCAGUGUCCCUGUCUACUUUCUGGCACAAAGACUUGGACAGGGGUAAGCAAUGGAAAGGCCGCACUAUCUCAGGGCAGGUAAAGACUAAGGAUAGCCUUGUCCUGACUUUAGAUGAGGGUAGUGUGGAAGAGAUUCCCUACGACCAGAUCGAGUGGGGAUUAGAGGAGGCGGACAGCGGUGUGGGCCAAGGGAGAUCUUACGCUGCUGUCGCGGCCGGAGGGAGGCCGUAAGGAGGAAGAGGCCAGGGCCAAGGGGGCCGGGCCUCAGGGAGUCGAUUUGAGGGCGAUCAGGGGGUUGGCGGYAGAGGAGGAAACCGCCAAGCGGGAGGCAGGGGUCAAGGUUCCCCGCAAAACCGUCCUUGGAAUAGGGCUCCCUAUAGAAUAGGAGGAUGGCACCCAGGGCUACCUCAGGGUAGGCCUUGGGAAUCUUUGGGUYUGGACCAGGCUUUAUGGCAACAACGAUUGGACCGGGGCCAGUGCAUUUUCUGCGGUGACCCGGGCCAUAUCAUCAAAUAUUGUCCUAAGUAUAGAGAGACCCGAACGGCUGCCCCAGGGCCAAAAGGCAGCCGCCGGUAGGGGUAGCAACUGCCCCAACCACUAGGCCAUGUGGGGAAAAUAGCGCUAGCCGGCAGGAGACUCCUACACCACAUGUGCCUAUGGCAGAGGUUGCAGGCCGGUGUCUAGAUAGCUGCCCAGAGACCGCUUGUGUUAGGAUCUCUCUAGACACCUCCCUCACAGGCGUGGCCAAGGAAUUGAAGGAGAGGAUGCCCGCCUGGGCCAAGAUGAAGAAGGAGAACAAAGGGCAGCUUAUAUU